AUGAUUAUUCUUGAAGCCCACUCCGCCAUUGUCAAGACAUUACUUGAACGCAGCCUUGAUCCAAACGACAAGCUUUCUGAAUCAUACGAAUGCUGCGAUUUCGAUGGCGUCAGCUUCCUUAUCCGUCUUGAAAAACCAAAGGGCGCCAAGGAUGAGAACGCUAAGUAUCCAGUUCGCGUUGAAAUGAAGCUUCCAUGCUGGGAAGCUAUCAAGCAGUAUGGUGCUGAAGAGAGAUACAAAGAGCUUUAUGGCAAAUGGAAAGUCGCUCCAACAGAUGGCAGAACACACGCUGUUGUUGUCAAUCUUUGGGAAAUGAGUGCUGCAGAGCAAAAGGCUACAAUUGAGCUUAUUGCUAACCUCAAGCCAAAUAUGCUCGGCGCUCCAUUCCUUUGGGUUGCCAAGAAGGUUAAUGCUAAGGAGAACUUCGCCCCAUUCGAAAUCCCAUACCGUGCCCACACAGGCGAAUCAAUUUUCCUUUCCCCAGCUGAAAAGGGCGCUACUGCCAUUUUCACAAUCCGCUUCAACGACCCAGGCGAUCGCAUCAUCGGUAACGUUUUCUUCGGAGAACUUGCUGCUGCUCGUACACGUGUUCGAUCUGCUCCAAUUGUCGCAUUCUCUGAUAAAUGCCCAGGUGAACUCGAGGCCUUCCAUCUCCGCCCAGAAGUUAAGGAUGGCUCACUCUUUGCUUAUGUUUCUAUGAGCCUUCUUGCUGCUUCCCUCUCUGAGCGUAAGCGCCAGGAUACAUCUGUCUAUGUUCCAAUGUUCAGAGAUUAUCUUCACUAUCACAUUAAGUGCACAAAGGCCUUCCUUCACCAGAAGAUGCGUAACCGCACAGCUCUUCUUCUUAAGAUCCUCGAUGAAGCCAAGCCAGAACCAAAGGUUAAGGUCGCUAGAACUGUUACCGGCAAGAUCGUCAACCACUAA